AUGAGUAAAAAAUGCUUUAACCUCGAUUCUUUUUACCAAUUAUUAAAAGGACGUGUUUCACACAAUAUUGAUUAUACCAAAUGGCUACUUGAUUGUAUGACCCAUGCGACAUUACCUAUCCAUCCUAAAUUUAGUCUUGUCAUUAGGGAGUUUGUCUUGAGUACCUUCAUGACAAGCACAUGUCAAAAAAUUCCAAAUGAUAUUGUACAGUCUUAUUUCCAAGAUGUAGGCAACAUUACUACCACACAAAUAUUAAUGCUCCUGUAUGUAUUACAAUUCAACGAUUACGUGAUUGCCUUUCGAACCGAGCCAAAGCUUAUGGCUCUAGCAAGUUCUUCCACGAUUGCCCUUGAACAAACCGAGUAUCCGAUCGACGAUUGUAUAUCCAUUCGAUUUAUAUUAAACCAUGUGGAGGCGAAUCAAAGCACGUACAAGAACAUUUAUCCCGAUUUACUAUCACUGUCCGCCAACCUGUACCCUGAAUUAUUUGAUAUAACGAGUUUCCUUUUGCAGGAAGGAAAAGAAUCCGAAUCAGAAGCGUUGUGGGAUAUUCAAACCAUCAAUAAAGAUUGGAUCCAGAAUUUGCCAGCGGUUGAAUUAAAGCAUCUAUUAAAUCAAUGGGAGACAAAUCCAUCGCUUGUCAUUCAUGUAUUAUCCCAUCUGGAGACGUUAUCGACAUUUGAUAUAGAAGAACAUGCAAAAUACAUGAUUUCAAUCCUUAUACCACCUUGUUUAAACAAACAAUUAGAUGUGAGAGUAGCCGAUGCCUUUAUUUCAACGUGGGAGUCAUUUAAUCGCAUUAUUCCUCAUACGUUGUGGAAAAUCACUGUGAAUAGCUUGACACCGCAAGAAUACAGUUUAAUGGAUUUGAUUCAAAACCCACAUAUCGUGUUUAAAUGUGACGCACGGUUAUUUCGAUCGGAACAAUUACUGCCGAUCUGGUUGCACGUAUUAUCAUGUUUGCGUACGACUUCAAAACAUCGUAUCUGGAAGCGGUAUCAUACAGUAUAUCCACGCAUCGACCAGCAUACGAUUAAUUCGCGUAAUGUAUUAGCAUUAACGAACGCACAAGAUACAGUUAUGCUUCAGUUGUUGCUGGAGCUUUGCUUGGAAAAGCCCGAAGACAAAGACAACAAGGAGGCACUUGAUCAGUCAAGAAAGCUUAUUUGCAAUUUCAUUCAUUCGAUAUUUAUUGAUGGAGACCGAGAAAUGCUGUUGGCCAAGAUUUUACACUUUCAAACAUAUUCGACGGAUUUGAUCCCUGUAGUAGUGGAUCUGAUACCGUCUAUUUAUAUUGUGCUUUCGUUUAUACCUGAAUUAACAAGACAACCACAAUUAGAUAAACAAGUGUUUGGUAUCUUGAUUGCGUGUUAUCUCUGUGAGAAGUAUCCGCUUGAAAACUAUUUGGUAACAGCAGAGAAGCAUGUGCUUCCUAGAUUAUUAAGAAUUGCGUUUCCGGUGACCCGUGAAGGACAAGUAUCUAAUGCAUGUGUACCUUCCGAAUAUCUCGUCAAGGCUAUUCCUGGGUUUGUAAAUCUAGCAAGAGCGUUUCCUCACUUUGGGCCCACUAUCUUGAGAGCAUUUGACGAUAUUGCGAAGGGGUUACCAGAGCCUAAACAGUUUAUAGGGCAAGAAGGCACCAGUAAAAUUAUUCUGGUGCUUCAGUUACACAAGGUUCUCAAGGACACAACGGAGCUUGUUCAAAAGGAAGUGGCACGAAUGGACAAGGUGAAUAAAGUGACGUUAUAA